GGACUCUGGGUACGCUGAUAUGACCAAGAUGGCGACGUAAGUCCUGCGUUUUGGCAAAACUGAGACGUUUUUGUGAUAUUUCUGCACAUACCGGUCUCUUACAGUGAGCAACACGGUGAUAUCAACAAGACAAGGUUGAGAACUUGUCUUUGAUUCAUGUUUCGUUGAUUGCGAGAGCCUGAGUCACGAGGUUGAGGUGAAAGUCGGAGAUAUCAACUUGCCCCCCUCCCCAUCUUGAUCGAGGAGCUGAUUUUUUCCCACCAAGUUUUGAGCUGAAAUCCAUCACCGUACCCGGAUCGAACACUCCUGCCAUGAAACGUUCAGACAGCCUCUCUCCUGAACGGGAGACUAAGGUCAAGACGGAAGAGAAGGAUAGAGACCGCGAGAAACGAAGGGAGAAGAAGAGAUCACGGUCUCGUGAUCGCGAUAAAAAGAGAUCUCGCUCUCCUGACCGGAAAGAACGCAAGAGGUCAAGAUCCAGAGAACGGAAGAGAUCUCGCUCCCGCGAUCGUGACAGGAAGAGAUCCAGAUCUCGAGAGCGCCGAGACAAGAAAAGAGCUCGCUCCAGGUCACCGCAUCGUUCCUCCAAGUCUUCUCGGGAGAAGAAAGACACUGUACAUGUGAAGAAAGACCCAGAAGAAGAUGAAGAAGACAAGGUGAAGAAAGAACCCUUGUCUCUUGAGGAGCUGCUAGCUCGGAGGAAGGCAGAGGAGGAAGCCUUGUCUAAACCCAAGUUCCUGAGUAAGGAAGACCGAGCGGCGCUGGCCGUGAAGCGCAGACAGGAAGCAGUAGCACAACAACGACAGGUGCAGGAGGAGGAGAGGAAGAAACGCAUGGACUUCAUUCAUCAGGGACAGAAGUCCAUGGAUGACUCUUACGAACGUGAGCGGCGUGAACGCAGGGAGCGGCGUGAGCGCGGGGACCGUGGUGAGCGCGGGGAGGAGGAGACAGAAGGCGGAGAACGCUCCAAAGUCCGGGAGGAAAAGGACAAGGAGAAAGAGAUUAACGCUAUCAAGGAAAGAUACCUUGGCAUCAUCAAGAAGAAGAGACGUGUCCGCAGACUGAACGACCGUAAGUUUGUGUUUGACUGGGCGGCCGACGAGGACACUUCUGUGGACUACAAUCCACUGUAUAAGGAAAGACACUGUGUUCAGAUGUUUGGUAGAGGUCACAUUGCAGGUAUAGACCUCAAGGCCCAGAUCAAGGACCAGUCCAAGUUCUACGGAGAACUGAUGGAGCAGAGAAGAACCAAGGAGGAGAAGGAUCAGGAAAUCAAGCGGCUGAACAAGGUGAAACAGAAGGAACAGAAACAGAAGUGGGACGACCGCCACUGGACCCAGAAGUCCCUGGAGGAGAUGAUCGAGAGAGACUGGCGAAUCUUCCGCGAGGACUACAGCAUCACGACGAAGGGCGGGCGCAUCCCCAAUCCGCUACGCACAUGGAAGGAGGCCUCGCUAACGGAGGAGAUCAACAACAUCAUAAAGGACCUCGGCUACAAGGAACCGACCCCGAUCCAGAGACAGGCUAUUCCCAUUGGUCUACAGAACCGUGACAUCAUCGGCGUGGCGGAGACGGGCAGCGGAAAGACGCUCGCCUUCCUCAUCCCGCUGCUCAUCUGGAUCGAGUCCCUCCCCAAGAUCGUGCGGAACGAGGACGCAGACCAGGGACCGUACGCGAUCAUCCUGGCUCCGACCCGCGAGCUGGCCCAGCAGAUCGAGGAGGAGACGCUGAAGUUUGGGCGGCGGCUGGGCAUCAGAACGGUGGCUGUGAUUGGUGGGCUGUCUCGUGAAGAGCAGGGCUUCAAACUCAGGAUGGGAUGUGAGAUUGUUAUUGCCACACCUGGUCGAUUGAUUGACGUGCUGGAGAACCGUUACCUGGUGUUGAGUCAGUGCACCUAUGUGGUCAUGGAUGAAGCUGAUCGUAUGAUUGACAUGGGUUUCGAGCCAGAUGUGCAGAAGAUUCUGGAAUAUCUCCCUGUGACCAACCAGAAACCAGACACUGAGGAGGCGGAGGAUGUGGAAAAACUCAAGGCCAACUUUGCCACCAAGAGGAAGUACAGACAGACAGUUAUGUUUACGGCCACCAUGCCUCCACAAGUGGAGCGGCUGGCUCGCAGCUACCUGCGCCGUCCCGCCGUCGUGUACAUCGGAUCCGCCGGCAAACCCACGGAGCGCACGCAACAGGUCGUCUACCUGGUCAAGGAGGGAGAGAAGAAGAACAAGUUGAAGGAGAUCCUGAACAGAGGCAUCGAGCCGCCCAUCAUCAUCUUUGUGAACCAGAAGAAGGGCUGUGACGUCCUGGCCAGGUCGCUGGAGAAGAUGGGCUUCAAUGCCUGUACGCUCCACGGAGGUAAGGGACAGGAGCAGCGAGAGUUUGCGCUCAACAACCUGAAGCAGGGCGCCAAGGACAUCCUGGUGGCCACCGACGUCGCCGGGCGGGGCAUCGACAUCCAGGACGUCUCCAUGGUCAUCAACUACGACAUGUCCAAGAACAUCGAAGACUACACCCAUCGUAUUGGUCGUACGGGUCGCGCCGGGAAGAGCGGAAAGGCGGUGACGUUCCUAACCAGCUCGGACGGGCCGGUUAUGUACGACCUGAAACAGACCAUCCUGGACAGCCCCGUCUCCACCUGUCCUCCUGAACUGGCCAAUCAUCCGGACGCACAGCACAAACCUGGUACUGUGCUCACCAAGAAACGCCGGGAGGAGACCAUCUUUGCUUAGAAACACAGAGAGGAGACCAUCUUUGCUAAGAAACACAGAGGAGAGACCAUCUUUGCUUAGAAACACAGAGGGGAGACCAUCUUUGCUAAGAAACAUAGGGAGGAGAC